AUGAGUCUGGACGAGGACGCCCGCUGGCUGGAGUGGGUCACCAGGCAGUUCCAGAGCAUCGCAGGAGACAACAAGGAAAUCGACCUCCAGGAGUUCAAAACGGCUCUGAAGGUCAAAGAAUCGUUCUUCGCCGAGCGGUUCUUCGCUCUGUUCGACUCGGACGGCUCCAGCUCCAUCAGCCUGGACGAGCUGCUCGAAGCUCUGGAGCUUCUGAUCCACGGCAGCGAGACCGACAAGCUCAAGUUCCUGUUCCAGGUGUACGACGUGGACGGCAGCGGCUCCAUCGACCCAGAUGAGCUCAGAACGGUUUUAAAGUCGUGUCUGCGCGAGAGCGCCAUCUCUCUGCCGGAGGAGAAGCUGGACGACCUGACGCUGGCGCUGUUCGAGUCGGCUGAUAAAGACAAGAGCGGCGCCAUCACCUUCGAGGAGCUGAAGGCGGAGCUGGAGACUUUUCCAGAGGUGAUGGAGAACCUCACCAUCAGUGCUGCUAACUGGUUGAAACCUCCUGACGUGGAAGAGAAGAAGCGGCGUCAUACCCCUCGCUACCUGACGAGGGCGUACUGGCAGAACAACAGUCGGAAGCUGUUCUUCCUCUGCGUCUACGCCGGCCUCAGUCUGACGCUGUUCGUCGGCGCCAUGCUGCAGCACAGCCACGGGGGGGCGUGGCUGAUGGUUGCCAAGGGCUGCGGACAGUGUCUCAACUUCAACUGCACCUUUGUCAUGGUGCUGAUGCUGCGGCGCUGCCUCACGUGGCUGAGGACCACCUGGCUGCUGAGGGUCCUCCCCCUGGACCAGAACAUCCUCCUGCACCAGAUCGUGGGUUACAACAUCCUGUGCUACACGCUGGUUCACACCACCGCACACGUCUUCAACUUCGUGCACCUGUCUCCGAGCAGUGGCUUCAGCGUGUGGGAGUACCUGCUGACCACGCGGCCGGGGGUGGGCUGGGUGCACGGCUCCGCCUCCCUGACCGGCCUGGUGCUCCAGCUGGUCAUCUGCCUCAUGGUGCUCUGCUCCAGCACCUUCGUACGCCGCAGCGGACACUUUGAGGUGUUCUACUUGUCUCACCUGUCCUACGUGUGGGUGUGGUCUCUGCUCCUGGUUCAUUGUGCAAACUUCUGGAAGUGGUUCGUGGUCCCGGGACUGGUCUUCGUGCUGGAGAAGAUCGUGGGAAUCGCAGUUUCUCGUAUGGGCGGUCUCUACAUCGUGGAGGUCAUCCUGCUGCCGUCCAAGGUCACUCACCUGGUCAUCAAACGUCCUCAGUUCUUUCAUUUCAAACCUGGAGAUUACGUCUACGUCAACAUUCCCGUCAUCGCUAAGUACGAGUGGCACCCGUUCACCAUCAGCAGCGCCCCGGAGCAGGGGGACGCUCUUUGGCUGCACAUCCGGUCGAUGGGUCAGUGGACCAACCGCCUGUACGAGUACUUCCGGCGCCCGGAGAGCGAGGCGCCCGGGCCCCAGCGGCUGGCCACGAGCCUGAGGAACCGCCGGCAGCGCAGCGCCCAGAUUUCUGCCAAGUUCGGUGAAAAUCACCGGUUCUGCAACAUCAAGUGUUAUGUAGACGGACCGUAUGGGACCCCCACCCGACAGAUCUUUGCCUCGGAGCACGCUGUCCUGAUCGGCGCCGGCAUCGGCAUCACGCCCUUCGCUUCCAUCCUGCAGAGCAUCAUGUACCGAUACAGACGCAGGAAACAGAACUGUCCCAGCUGCAGCUACUCGUGGUGUGAAAACGUAAAGACAUCUGUUUGGAUCCUGCAGGUCGACUUCAUCUGGAUCAACAGAGACCAGAAGUCUUUUGAAUGGUUCGUUAGUUUACUGACCAAACUGGAGAUGGACCAGGCUGACGAGGAGCCGGAAGGACGGUUCCUGGAGAUGCACAUGUACAUGACGUCAGCGCUCAGUAAGAAUGACAUGAAGGCCAUCGGCCUGCAGAUGGCGCUGGACCUCCUGGCCAAGAAGGAGAAGAGAGACUCCAUCACUGGGCUGAGGACCAGAACCCAGCCUGGGAGACCUGAGUGGGGGAAGGUGUUUCAGAAAGUGUCCGAGGAGAACAAGGGGAAAGUCCACGUGUUCUACUGCGGCUCGCCGGCGCUCGCCAAACUCAUCAAGGCUCAGUGUGAACACUUCGGAUUCAACUUCUACAAGGAGAACUUCUGA